GCUGUCCGCCUGUCCCCUUCAAACGCAAAUAAACCCUCUCUCUCCACAAAACUACAACUUCUCACACAUUCUCUCUCUCUCUCUCUCUCUCUCUCUCUCUCUUCCAACACUUAAACUCACUAAAUCCCUCUCUACUCUCUUCCCCAAUUCUCCCUUGUUUGGUCUUACGGGAGAACCAAGACGUUAUGGAAGCACCUGAGCUUUUCCCACAAUACGCGCCCGAAAUGCGUCACUCAACCGAUAAUAAAACCGCCGCAGGCGACCAUUUCAUUGUGGAGGACCUCCUCGACUUUUCCAACGAAGACGACGAUGCAGUCAUUGCUGACGGUGCUUUUGACACUGCCACUGGAAACUCCAUUGAUUCUUCCACACUCACCGUCGUCGACAGCUGCAAUUCGUCGUCGUUUUCGGGGGGUGACCCCAAUUUUGUGGGCGAGAUGGGCUGCCGGAAUUUCGCUGACGGACAUUUUUCCAGCGACCUCUGUGUCCCGUACGACGAUUUAGCGGAGCUGGAAUGGCUUUCGAAUUUCGUGGAGGAGUCGUUCUCCAGCGAGGAUCUGCAGAAGCUGCAGCUGAUAUCCGGCAUGAAAGCCCGGACCGAUGAAGCCUCCGAGACAAGCCCCGAGCCUAACCGAAACAGCCCGAUAUUCCACCCCGAAAUGUCGGUCCCGGCCAAGGCCCGAAGCAAGCGAUCCCGUGCCGCCCCAUGCAACUGGAAUUCCCGCCUCCUCGUUCUCUCACAAAACACGUCCGACGUCGUCAUUUCGGCACCUCCCAACUCCGGCAAGAAGACCGUGAAAGCCUCCCCGAAGAAGAAGGACGGCGAGGACGGCAUCGCCGGAGAAGGCCGGAAAUGCCUGCAUUGCGCCACGGACAAGACGCCGCAGUGGCGGACUGGGCCCAUGGGCCCGAAAACGCUUUGCAAUGCGUGCGGGGUCCGGUACAAGUCUGGGCGGCUGGUGCCGGAGUAUCGGCCUGCUGCGAGCCCAACGUUUAUGCUGACAAAGCACUCCAACUCACAUCGGAAGGUGAUGGAGCUUCGGCGCCAGAAGGAGAUGGUGCGGGGCCAGCAUCAGCAGCCGUUCAUUCACCAUCAGGAUAUGGUGUUUGACGUAUCCAACGGUGACGAUUACUUGAUUCACCAACACGUGGGGCCCGACUUCAGGCAGCUGAUCUAGCGGGGUAGCUAGAGUUAGGAGACUUUCUUGUAGUCGUGGAGUUAAUUUUUAGUAGUGGACCAGUUCUUCAGAGAAAUUUCCUGAUUUUCCUAAUUUUUCUAGGGGGUUAAUUUUUCCUAACUUUAUUUUGCAUUACCUAGACUCUUUUAAUGUUCUUUUUCUUUGAGCUGCUCGCCUAACUCGGGGCUACUUCUGAAAAACAAAAAAUUUCCAUAAUUCAGGCA